AUGAGUUAUCAAGAAAUGGCUUACAACAUUUUAUUCAUUAUUAUAAUCUAAAGAAUAUAGUCUUACUUGUAGGUAGAAUUAUCUUCUCUUACUUAUCAAAUAUCAUAGUUAAUUUAAAAAUUGGGAAAAUGA